CACGGGAACAGUGCGCGUGUGUGCGACCAUAUGUUUGUGUGUGCGUGUGUGUGAAGUGAGAAUGAGAAACUUGGUUGGUUUGGUUGGAAUCGUCCUGCAGCGUAUCAUCAUGAUGGAGUAGGGUUGAAGUUAUGGUAUAGAAUGGAGAGAAGAACGUUAGCUUGAAGUAGAAGGUUCUCCUGAAUUUGAAUGAGGUAGCUAAGGGCCUUGAGUUUUUGUAGUUCUCCAACAUCGAAUAUUUGAGAAAGCAGUGUGAUGAUAAACCAUGGACUUUGCUGCCGAUUUCAAAGCAUUGGAGUCAAAUCAGCCACCGACAGUCGAAGAAGCAAAGACAAAGUUCCAUGAUUACCUGAACUCAGCAAAAGAAGCAUGGGUUAUGAAUGGCUUGCUGGACUAUUACUUUGCAACAGGAUCUCUGCGUGUAGUUGAAAUACUAAUAGGAAUAAGGGAACCCAAUGACAAGUUCUUGUUUGAUAGGCUGUCGGAAACGAUGCGUGGCACCUGUAAGCUGCAGAGCCUCACCCUACUCGGACUGAUCGCGCGGCGAAACCCAACAUGGCUCUACAAAAUCUCCUCCCAUUCCCUGCUCAAAGAACUGCUUCGAUUGCUCAAGGUGGAAACAGAUAUGCUGUUAGUAAUGAGUGCUUUACUACUGCUCAUCAUUCUCUUACCAAUGAUUGCUGGUCUUAUUGGUCCGGUCUUGCAGGAAAUUUUUGAUAUCUUUAGUCGCCUUGCUGCUUGGAAUACAAACAAUCCCAACAAAAUGUCCGAGAGUUAUAUGUUACAUCUUCAAGUUGGAUUGUACGCAUUAUUCCAUCGCCUCUAUGGGAUGUUUCCGUGUAACUUUCUUGCUUACCUCCGCAAAGAAUACAGCCAACGAGAUAGCAUCACAAUAUUCAGGCAUACAAUAAAGCCGUUGUUGGAGUCUGUUAAAAUGCACCCAUCUCUGAUCAUUUCUGGCAAAGAUGAUGAAACUACAUCAAGAUGGUGGAUAGAAAAAGCACCUCAUGACAUAGUGGUGGAAUGUGCCAGCUUUGCGGUGGAAACGUCUGAAAAGCAGAAAGAGUUUGUGAAAGCUCAACCGAGGUUGCCGCCCAUUGAAAAGCCAUCACUUUCCAGUCGAUCUCCUUUAGAGAGCUCAGGAGUUCUUGAUGGGUGCUAUACGAGCAGAGGCAUUAGAGGAUUUAGCAGUCAAUUGCAGAAGACGGCCGGCAAGGACCUUUGGACUCCGCAGUCUCUGUGCGGCGGAAUGGUGUCUCCUCAUGAAACGUCUGCACCCACUUCUAUCCCCCUCACCCCGAUCAGUCAGGCGUAUAAUAGUGGGUCCGCUAUUGCACAACCUGAGGGAACAUCUCCACCGGAAGCAGCUGUUGAAGCAACACCCGAAACUACACCAAUCAAGGACAUUCGACAUUCGACUGGAAGAGGUGUCCCUCCGAUUGGCUCAACAGUGGUGAGAGCGCUGAACACAUCCCUGGGCGCCGGCUACAGUUCGCCUGUGUCUUCACAGCCGAGCUCUCCCAUGCGCAAAGACCCCCAACCCUACAGGUUUCCCACUGAGAGCGUGUCUGCCUUCCAACAACCCCUCAAAACCACCUCUAUCGACCUCAAGAAGGACUCUGCCUUCAUAACACAGAAAAUGCAAAAAGUGUUGUUGGAGAGAAGUCAGUUGAACGAGUCGAGAGAGAAGGGAAGUCCUGUGCCGAAGCCAGUGCAGCCAUCGAGUCCAUUGCGGCUGAUCAACCCAGUCAGCUGGCCAUGGCCCAGUAGCAGCACCAGCAGUCAGCACGAUGCACAGAUGGACAAAGAGGUGGAGAGUGUGUUGGCUGGCGGAGAUGGGCCCAGUGGGGGGUCUCUGUGGACGCGAGACGGUGGCCAGAAGGCAGGCCAAGGAGGAAGCGGUGACAAAGUCAAGGCGACCGGUGACGAGGCGGCGGUGGCCGUGGUAAACGGUCACGCGGGAGAGGCGAGGAGGAGGAGCAGCGGUGCAGACGGGGGGGACAGGACAACGGCGAGUGCAUGCGUGCAGACGGACGCCUGCUCCCCCGCCCCCACACCGCUGCCCCUGCCCUACGAGCACCUGUUUGCGAGCGCCCUGCCACCCACCGUGCACCACGAGUGCUGCACGCAUGCGUCACAGGUGUCGGCCGCACUCUUCUCGCCGCAGAAGGCGGUGGAGGCGUCGAUUGUGGCCGCUAGCCGGUUGCACGAGGAGAAGCAGUUGAGUGCAGACGCCGAGCGACGUCGCUGGCAGGACCAUGUCGGGCUCAUCAACUUGCAACUCCAGUUCGAGCGGCAUCGCCGUGAGGUGCACGCAGAGCGCAACCGGCGCCUGCUGGGCGCGUCGCGCGUGAACCGCUCCAUAGAGGAGCACAACGUGGCGCUGAAGGAGCAGGUGGCGCUGCUGCAGUCGGACACCGAUCGGGUGGCAGCCGAACUGCAGCGCUACCAGCGCGAGGCGGCCACCAAUCUAGCAACACUGCGCGACCAGGAGGCCUACUGGCGUGACCAGGCCACGCGUGCACACCGCGCGCACCAACAGCUCACCAGCGCCACGCACCAGCUGCACCAGCAGCUCAGCCACGAGAGGGAGAAGACUGUCUCUGUUACCAAGUGUUUGGACGAAACGAAAGCGACACUGUACAACACGGCGCACGAGCUGCAGCUGGCACUGAGCAUGGUGAACUCGAGCCGCGAGGCGAGCAGCGAGCUGGCAGCUGUGCAGCGCCAACUGGUGAUGCAGGGCGAGACGCAGCUCAAGGUGCGCGACACGCUCGCGAAUGUCGCGCGAUCCACCAACCGCGCCGCGCAGCUCACCAUGCUCAGCGACACUUUCAACCAUCAAAUCAAAGGUUUAUCAGAGCAAGUUGAAGCACAAAAAUAUGCGAAUGACGCAUUAGCGGCACGUGUGUUGGAAUUGGAAGGCUUGUUAGUUGAAAAAGACAAAUUAAUAGAAAAACAGAAAAUAACUAUAAAAGAAGCAAACCUGAAACACAGUGAACUAUACAAGAAAUUGGAGGGCCAGUGUAGCGAGUUGAGCAGUGAGCAGGUGCGACUACAAGAACGCGAAGUCGACUACAUCAGUCAGGUGGAAGAGUUAACCAAUCGAACAGCAGCAGCAGCAGCAACAACCAGCAGCAGCACAGUCGUCAAAUCGCCAACAGCCUCAGCAGCAAGAGUGGCCGGCGUCAGUGAUCGACUAGUGGCGGCUGUAAGUGGCGGCCAGUACUCACUGCUCACCAGAGCCUCGUCUCUGCUCGACAAUCCCACCUCCAAUCUGCCCAUGCGCUCCGCACAACAAAUGGCUGCCAUAGACCUGCAACCCGAAAGCGGCCAGAACCCACCUGACAGUACAAAGUAAACAACCCUGAACUGAAAAAACCGUUACCGAUUUGUGAGUGACUUGGGCCAAAAUAUAACAUUGACGUUGGUAAAUCUGCAUGGGAUAUGCUUUAAUCUUCUAAGCACAAAUAAAACUCAUGCUCCCGAAAAAGAAUAUAAGUUUAAUUCACCAAUGUAUAUCAAUUGCUUUUAUGAGUAGAAUCUCAAUUACAAUUCAAUAAUUUAAUGGUUGGCUGGGAAUUAAGUGAGAUAAUAUGUUGUCAGCAAGCCUAAAUGUGAGUAGAGCAUAACAUGUUUCUAGGAUUUAUUAAAAUAUCUUUCAAUUGACAAUUCAGAAUUCUGAAAGCUUUUACUUAUGAUUUCCAUGUUCGAGAACUUAAGUCAUGAGUACAUACUUAUGAUAUGAGUAAAGUUCAUUCUGCUUAAUCAUUGAAGUCCAUAACCAGAACUUGAGUUAGAACUAGCUUUUCGUUAUUUCUUACAAUAAAAUUAUGUAAUUUUGAAUAAGUAUCAAAGCUUGAAUUAUUCGAUAUGUGAUUGUUUUAAUAUCAGAGCCAAGAUAAAAUCAUUUGGGCAUUAUUUUUGUAUUGAAGUGAAUUUGAAUGAUUUGAUAGAGAAUUCAAGACUGAUGAAUUGUGUAACGCUCGAACGGUUUUGUAAUUAAAGGUUCCUUAAAAAGACACUUCUUUAAUUCAGUGCUUUAUUACUCUAAUUUCUAGAAAUAUCGACAGUAAAAUCUAUCCGUAUUACUUCUGUAUGAGAGCAUUGUCUUGAAGUUGGUUGUGAUUCAUGUUAAAAUUUAUCAAACCAUUGUGCUUGAGAAAAUACCCUGAUAUUUCAAUUGUAUUAUCACAAUUUAAUGUUAUACGUUAUUGUUUUGAAUAUACUAUUCCCAAUAUUAUCUUUGAUAUUAUGUUAGAAAUUCACAUCCAUUACCAGACUGAAUGAGCGGAUUUUAUAUUGUAAAAAAUCUUUGUUCUAUCAAAUCAAAAACCUUGUGAUCUGUUAUCGAUUUAGUGUUAAAUUUCUAAUAUCUUUGGAAUGUGCUGUAUCCAAAAUUUUCUAAACUAUUGUUAGAAUGUUUUAAAAAUCCUCUCUGGAUCUGAAAAGCUUCUUCUAAUUUUUUCUAGAUCUCUCAUGAUCUUUUCUACUUUUUGUACCUGAGAAAUUCUAUUUAUGUUAUCAAAUCGAUCGACUGUGAAGUGGAGAAAUGUCUGUUGUUAUCAAUGAACAGUUGUUUUUAAAUGGCCAUUGAAAGUGAUGUCAAUAUAUUGAUUGCAUUCUUUGCAGCAAUCGUUGAUUAACAUUUCAAAACAUUAGUUAGUAGCUUUACCUGUUAUUUAUAGUGACUCUUGUACUUGAAUUAUUAUUUCAUUAUUUAUAUUUUAUGAUACAAAGAAAAAAAUUACUGUAGCCGUUAGCUUUUUACAAGUUCACUAGCUGGUUCAAGCAAAUUGAUUUUUUGAAAUAUAAUUUUUGACAUUCACAGGAUUACGUGCAGAAUAAAUUAUAUGCACUUGA